AUGUCACUUCUUUCUUACCUCGACUCACCAGGUCCAAAUCAAAACCUGCUUCUCCUGCAAUCUUCGAUACCACAAUCAUCUUUACCUCUUCUCCGCCAUGUUAUCGCGCAGAAUGCCGGACAAAAGGGGCCAGUAAAGAAAUUCUUGUUUUGUUUUCUUCAUCCUCCAUCAAGUUUGAUCAAAAAUGCGGCUGAAUCCAACGUACAAGUUUACGAUUAUCUGGAUCGCAUACCAGGAUAUAACGAUGCGUGGUCAGAAUCUUGUCCUGAAAUUCUUAAUCUUGUCGAAAACGCACCUGCAUCUAUCCCUAUUGAAGUCAUAGUAGAUUCAGUAGACACUGUUCUAGCAGACAAUGAAUCUCUAUCGGGGACGUACAAAUUUCUACGAUCUCUUAUGACUUUGAUCUCUUCACGAUCAAAAGCAUCCAGACUUAUUCUCCACAUUUCCGCGCCUAGCAAGCUCCUCCCACUCCUCAUCUCCACUGCAUUCUCACCUACCCUGACCCAACUCAUCGCACAUCCUCCUGUUCUCUUCACACAUAUCACAACCGAAUAUAUGACUCCACCGCCGCCUCUUUCAUCCGAUGCAAAAUUUUGGGGCAUAUUCAUUCCAAUCAGUGAACGCGGACGAGAUGCAGAAAAUCUGGUUUUCGGACAGGGAGGCGAUGGAAGUGGUGGGCAGGACGAAAUGGUCGUAGAGGUGCUGGUUAGAGGCCGGAGCGACGCGUCUGGGAGGAGGAAGGCCGUCGAAAGAUUUCUGGAAGGCUGGGAUAUUCAAAAGAAUCAGCCGGUGAACUUGAGUCAGAUGAGUAGUUUGGCUUCGAUAUAUAGGAGAAAGCCCAUCGUGGAAGAGGCAGCCCCAGAUCCCACUCAAAACGUAUCGUUUAAUCUUCACCUUACACCCUCGCAAUUAGAGUCCCGAGCACGGGUACCGCUUCCUUACGUGCAUGAAGGCCUUUCUAUAACUCAACCUGCACCCGGUGCCAUAUUGUAUGACCCAGAUUCAGCAGACGACAUCGACGAUGAUGAUCCAGAUGAAGAUCUUGAUAUUUGA